AUGAAUAUAAAUUUAUUAAAAUUUUUUAUUAUUUAUUAUUUUUGUUUUGUUUUGAUUAAUUUUUGUAAUUGUCAAACAUUGAAAAUUACAGAUAUAUCAAAUCCAAAAAAUUAUAAAGUGUAUCCUCAAUAUAGUGAUAGGGAAUUUUGUGAUUUUUCAUUUGAAAUUCUUUGUUACGUUGAACCAGCAAUGGAUGAAGGUGAUCAAUUGAUGUUUACAACAGAUUUUGAUUAUUCUGAAAUGAUAAGAUCUGAUAGAACAGGAAGUAUAAUUGGUAUUACUCAUACUGCAUUGUCCUUUGGAAGUUAUACAUCAAAUAUUGUUUGCUAUCUUUUAAAUAAUCCAACAAUAAAAGUUGAUUUAAACAUAUCUUAUUCAUGUGAAAUGAUUGACUACGAAUUAAUGAAAGUAAAAAUUUUAAAACCAAAUUACUUUAAAAAAAAUAAUUUAUAUGGUAAUGGAAUUAUUCAAUUAAUUGGAUUAAAAUAUCCAUUAAAUAAUUUGGUAAUUUUUGGUGGUAGUGCUUACCCAUUAAAUCCAAAUUAUUUCUUAAUUUCCCUUGAGGAGUUGGAUGGGGGAACAGUUGAAAAUUAUAACAUUUCUUUAUUAUUUUAUGGCCCUCAUACAAUUGUCGUUACUAUCCCAGCUUCUACAUAUCUUGAUUAUAAUCUAGAUAUCAGUAAUUCAAAAAUAAACUAUUAUCCAAACGAAACCACAAAUGUUUCAGAGUUUGGAUUAGGAUGUUCUACCGUUUAUUCAGUAACUAUUAAUAAAACUAGUAAUGAUUAUGAGCCUUAUUUAUACGUAGAUGAUGGAAAUAGUAAGAAUGCAGAUUUCACACCAAUUUAUCAAGAUGAAAAUUUUAUUACCUAUUUAGGCCAAUUGUAUAUCCAUACACCAGAAGUAAUUUAUUCUUUUUUUUCAAAAAAUUUUGUUAAAGUUUAUGAAACUCCGAUAAUAUAUUUAAAAGAAUUUAGUAUCGCUAAUAUAAAUAAUACAUAUUUGUCAUCUGGACAUGGUGUGUCAUUACUUUUUUCAUCAUUGUUUUUUGUUAAGUUUGAUACAGAAACACAAUACGGAUUUUAUCCACUUGUAAUGUUUUGGAACGAGUACAAAAAUAGCUACACAUGGCCAUAUGGAUUUAGCAAUGGUAAUAAUUUUAAAUACGUGCAUGUGCAAUCUCACCUGGAGUAUUUAUAUUCAUAUUCUCCUACACAUAGUUUUGUUAUUCAAAAUAGUAAUAGUUUUGUAACAGUUACUUCACCAUAUGCUCAAAUAUUAAAUAGUUCAAUAUUAUCAACUCUUUUAGAAUUUGAAUGUAAAUUAUUAUUUGAUGAAAGUUAUUUAUUUAGAUUUAAAGUGAAUACAAAUGGUUAUGGGGCAUCAAUAUAUCUAGGGUCAGAUAUCACAUUAAGAUAUGAAUCGGUAGUUGAUAGUGAAAGUAAUAGUAGUGUAUUGGAAUUUGAAACAGUUGUAGAUUUAUAUAAAGAUUCAAUUACUAAAUUUACAAUUUCAAAUUUAUUAAGUAAUAGAAUAAACUAUCUAAGAGGUGAAUAUUAUUCAAUUAGUCCUUUAUUGAAAUUUGAAAUACCAUUUGGCGAACUAAAUCCAGUAUUAAUUACAAAUAUAUCAUUUUUAUAUAAUAAUAUUGAUGUUACAAAUAAAUCUGUUAAUAAUAUCAUUUAUUUCAGUUAUGAAGGUGAAUUUGAUAAAGGUAGCUCUUUUGCAUUAUUAUUAAAUGAUCCAGUUUCAAUAUUAAAAAAUGGUGAUUUAGAUAGUUCAGAUUUUAGAUUCUCAAAAUGGAAUUCAUCAACAUCAAUGUUCCAAAUUGAAUUCACUGUACCUGCUAACACUCAACCUGGUCAUAUACCUUUUAAACUUUAUGGAAAUUCAAAUCCAAAUUAUAACCCAAUAGAUAGUACAAUGUUACCAUUAUCAGCACAAUUAUUUAUAAUUUCAUCAAAUUUCGAUAGUUAUGGUCCAAUUUUUAAUAAAGUUGAAAAAAUAAAUACUACAAAUGAAUUUGGUUGGAAAUUUGUAAUAGGUGAUAAAAUUAAUGGAUUUGAUUAUGGUGAUAUUAUUGUUAGAGGUGAAAUGGAUAGUUCAACUUAUAAAUUUCAUUUAACACCUUUAAAUUUAACUAGUGGUGAUAAAUAUAAUGGUGAAUAUCAAAUUAAUAUUAAAAUAUCAAUUUUAUGUGCUUCUCAAAAUUAUAUCAUUACAGAUGUUUAUUUAUUCGAUACUCGAGGUAAUUUCGCUAAAUUUUCAGUAUCUGAACAAUGUGAGAGUAUUAGAAAUCCAUUUAUAAAUUUUUUAGGUGAUUCAACUAUAAAUAAAAUAUAUAAAAAAUGUACAACUGAAAAUGACGGUUACGAUAUUUCACCACCAGAAUUAACUUUGUUUAGUGCAGUGAAAACAAUUUUAAAUGAUUCUCAAACAAUUGUUAUAGCAUUUGAUUUUCAAGCCGUCGAUUUAGAUACUGGUUUAAAAAAUGAACAAUAUCCAAUUGUUUAUAUUGAAUCAACAGAAUUACAAAUUAUUCAAUGUGAAUCGAAAAUUAAAUCUAUAAAUUCAAAAACUGCAAAUUAUACAUGUGAAAUUGAAUUACCAGUAGGGUUUGGAUAUAAUUCAGAUAUAGUAUUUAGUGUUUAUGGUUUCAUUAAUAAUGGUGGUUAUUAUAGUGGAUUCCCAAGUACGUACAUUUCAUCCGCAUUUCCAAUUUAUUCAAUGUCAAAUAUUCAAUUGGUUAGAAAGAUUGAAAUUUUAAGAACAAGUCAAAUUUCAUCAACAGGUGGUGAAUUAUGGAUUGUAGGAAGAGGAUUUAAAACCUCGAUUCAAUAUGUACAAAUUAAAUAUUCAACUGAUUUAGUAUUUUCUCAAAUUUCUUUUCCAAGUAUAAUUUUUUCAACUGCAUUAUUAAUACUAGAUAUUGACCCAACUGAUAAACCAUUCACCAUCAGAGUAGUUACAAAAAAUGGUCAACAAUCAAAUGAAUUCAUAGUUACACCUUUAUUUUCCUUUCUUUCUGUUUCACCACUUAAUACACCAACACCAACAACUACGACUCAAUUACCAACACCAACUAAUAAACCUCAAACAUGUUUAGGUGAACCAAUAUGUGGAGGACCUAAACAAGGUUUUUGCUCAUCAAAAGGAUGUGUUUGUUACCAACCAUGGAUUGGUAAUGAUUGUAAUGCACAAGUUGUAAUUAUACCACAACCUUCAACUAACACUUCACAACCAUCAACUGAAAUACCAAUCAUAGAUAAUAAUAAUAACCAACAACCUUCUGGUAUAAAUUAUUUAUAUAAAUCAUUAAUUUCAAUCGUAUCAAUUAGAGAAUUAGAUUUUAAUGGAAAUCAAAUAAAUUUAUACCCAUUUGAUCGAUGGAUAUUUACUCAAAUUAAUCAAAAUAAAAGUCAAUACUUUACAAGUAUAAAAAAUAAUUCAACUACACCAUUUAAUACAAAUAUUACAGUUAUAUUAGAAUGGUUUAAAGAUACAAGUACUAUAGAAUUUGCAAAUUCUAGUAUUACAAUGUAUCCAUCAAGUAUUAAAUAUACAAUUGAAAUUACAGAAUAUAAAUUUUCAAAUCAAUUAAAUAAUUUACAACUUGUAAUGUCUGCAUCAUUUGAGUCAUCGAAAACUAAAGAAAUUUGCUCAUUAAAAGAUUUUGGUGAAACUAGUAAUGGAGAUAAUUCAAAUUAUUUUAAAAUUCAAAUUAAUGACCAUUCACUUUAUGGUAGAUUUAUUAAAAGAGCAAUAAUUGAUUCAAAAAUUUCGACCAUUGAAAAUGUAUUAUUAGAUUCAAAAAUGAACUCAAUUCAAACUGCAUCAUCUUCACAAUCAUAUAUAGGUAUAACAAUACCAAACUAUCAAAAAUCAAUAAUUAUUGAUCCAGAUUUCUCAGUAUUAAUAGAUAGUAAAUCAACUUCAAAAAAUGAUGAAAAUUCAGUUUGUACUCCCAAUCAAUCAAAAUUAACAACACCACAACUUAUUGGUAUAAUUAUUGGCUCCAUUGCAUUUGCUGCAGUAAUUGCCAUUUCCAUUGCUUACCAUAUAAUCAAAAAGAAAAAAGAUACAAAAUUCAAAAAUGGAUUACAAAAUAAACUAAAAACUUUUAAAAGUUAA